CCUUUGCGGAACAAGCAGCCAGAUGCAAAGAGAGAGUUGAGUGAAGCUGAGGAGCUGCGGUGUUCACUGUCCCUGAAUCCCAUCCAGCGUGCGCGCCUUCCCUGCCCGGGGAGAUCCCGCAAACCAGUCGAACUGGCUGCACGCAGUGACAUCUCUUGUUGGAAGUCUCCGGCGUUUCUGAACCAUGUCCACCGACCUCGAACGGAUGUCCCUCAACUCCUCGGCUAACUCCAUGGUUUCGGGCACUGCAUCCAGCGGGCGAUCCUUGUCGUCCAACGUGAGGAAGCUGCACAACGCUCUGAAUGUUUUGCUGAACGACUGCGAGAGGGAGCAGUUCAUCCACUGCCUGAAUGUCUAUCACUCCAAGAGGAAUGUCUUCGACCUGGUGCAGACUCUGAAAGUUAUCCUCAACAGCCAGAACAAGAGGCAGCUGCUGCCCAUGCUGCGGCUCGUCAUCCCCAGGUCGGACCAGUUGCUCUUCGAUCAGUACACAUCGGAGGGGCUUUAUCUGAAAACUGACCUGCUCCCCAGCGGGCUGAGCAGCGACAGCAGCAGCAGCGAGCUUCGCUCUGCCGCUACCAACUCCAAAGUUUCCAGACCAGUGCAAGUAAAUUUCAGCACUGAUCAACAGACAGCACCUUUCUACCAAAGCUUGGUGAUGAAAGAAAAUUAUGGAGAGAUCAGGCAGGUGGCACUGAAAAGAAACAAAACAAAUGAAGGUUUGGGUUUCAGCAUCCGAGGAGGAGCUGAGCAUGGAGUUGGGAUCUAUGUGUCGCUUGUUGAACAAAACUCAUUGGCUGAAAAAGAGGGACUUCGAGUCGGAGAUCAGAUCUUGCGAGUGAAUGACAAGGUGUUUGAUAAGGUCACCCAUGGGGAAGCUGUUAAGGUGCUGAAAGGUUCCAAAAAGUUGACCUUGUACGUGCGCUCAGUUGGCCGCAUCCCAGGAGGCUACGUAACCAAUCACGUCUACACCUGGGUGGAUCCACUGGGCCGAAAUGUUUCACCGCCGCCUGAUCUGCUUGAGCACAGGAGCAACACACUGCGGAGAAAGGAGAGUGAAAAGAAGAGCAACCUUCAGCUACUCCGAGAUGGAGAUGAGAAGAAGGUAAAUCUUGUUCUUGAUGAUGGGAAGUCAUUGGGCCUGAUGAUCAGAGGUGGUGCUGAGUACGCAUUAGGAAUUUAUAUCACGGGAGUGGAUCAGGGAUCUGCAGCAGAAAUUACAGGCCUGAAGGUUGGAGACCAGAUUAUAGAGGUAAACAGCAGAAGCUUUCUCAAUAUUCCCCACGAUGAAGCUGUGAAAAUCCUAAAGUCUUCACGCCACCUCAUGAUGACAAUAAAAGAUGUUGGGAGGUUGCCUCAUGCUCGGACGGUAGUGGAUGAGACUAAAUGGAUUACAGGCCCGGAGCUCCGCGAGACAGCUGCCUUUAGUGGGGUGGGGGGGGUGGUUGUUGAUGAGGGCAGGUCCUGUUUGAAUAAGCCAAUAUUUUACAAAGGCUUGGCAGGGUCACAGGUCAUGCUGAGCAGCUUAGUGAACCAAGCACGUGCUAUGCUGGAUGAACAAGCCCGACAUCUACUCAAUGAGCAUGAGCGAGCAACCAUGGCCUACUACCUUGACGAGUACAAGGAGAACCACAUACCUGUUCAGGCCUUGGUUAUGGCCCUCUUUGAACUCCUAAACACGCAUGCAAAGUUCUCUUUGCUCUCGGACAUCCGAGGUGUAAUCACACCCCAAGAUCUGGAUAGAUUUGAUAACAUGGUAUUGAAACGUGAGAUUGAGUCAAUGAAAGCUCGCCAGAAUUCCAGCACAGGCACGGAUUCCUACUCUGUCAUGUCUUAUGGAGACACAGCCUCAUCCUCCAUUAGUUAUUUCACAUCUACGACUCUCAGUUCAGCCAGGAAUGACACAGACCUUGUGGUAACCAACGACCAAAUGCAAGGAGAUAUUGGAAAUCUGCCAGACAUCUCUCUUGAUAACGUGCAGUCAUUUACUGAAAACACUUCAAACUUUAAGCCUCCUCCACCUGAGUCCACCUGUCCUGCCUCAUCACAUCAAAAGACAAUCAGAGACAAACCAAAAUGGAGCUCCUCAGAAUCAUCACACUCAGGCCUAUUCUUCAUAGCACCUCACAGUCCUUCUAAAAACUUGAAAACACAAAGUAUGAGCAGUGAGGUGGCAGCACAGCUCUCACGUGUCAACCAGCACAUCAUUGGACCCUUUCCCAGAGUUAAGUCUCCAACGCAGCUGCUGCCCAAUGCCUCCAAGUCUGCAUCUCUUCCUCCUCCACCUCCAUAUCUUCCAGCACCCCUUCCUCCUGGGUCAACAGACAAACCUCAUCCACAGUUAGCAGCAGCCAAUCAGCACUUUGUAAUGGUAGAGGUGCAUCAGCCAAACAGCGAACCUGAUGUAAACGAAGUUAGGGCAUUACCACAGUCUCGACCUGCAGCCCUCUCCCAGUUAUCUGACAGUGGGCAAACUCUCAGCGAGGACAGUGGAGUUGAUGUUGGUGAAGUGGGUGGCAACAGCAAAGACAGCAGCCCUGUUCCUGUGAAGGGCAAGGUCAGCAAGGAAUCGCCUGAGAAUGAAGCCAGACCAGAGGCCAUUUCAAAACCACCUGGCUUAUUGGAGCCAACCUCAAUGUUGGUGAGAGUCCCUAAAAGUGCACCCACUCUGGGCAUUGCCAUCGAAGGAGGAGCUAACACUCGCCAGCCACUACCCCGAAUAGUUACCAUACAGAGAGGAGGAUCAGCACAUAAUUGUGGGAAGUUGAAAGUUGGCCAUGUGAUUUUGGAGGUCAAUGGGAUUCCGCUUUGUGGAAAAGAACACAAAGAAGCUGCAAGAAGAAUAGCAGAAGCAUUUAAAACCAAAGAGACAGAUUACAUUGAUUUCCUGGUAACAGAAUUCAAUGUAGCACUUUAGGAAACACUGCUGAAGAACAUUGCUCCUAACGAACUUAUCUUCAAAAAAACUAAGAUAAUGUACCCUCAUUAAAACCCCAGGCUUUAACAACAGACACAAAGAAAUAAUAUGAGUCUCCAGAUAAAGUAUUUAUACCAUUUUUCCUUGAGGAGCUCAUGCUGUCUGGUGGCUGGAGUAGUUCUACUCAGUAGAAUCCACAAUGAGAAGAAAAUGUAACUCUGUGCAUGUGCGGAAUCCAGUUUUGAGGUUUCAAUUUUUCCAUUUGGUUUCAGUUUUCUGAAUGAUGCCUGUGUAUAACAAGUAAGAUAUGUACCUUUUUCUAAAAAAAAAUUAGUUAAUAAUGCAGUGAUUCUCCUAAUUAACCUGAAUCAGGAAUAGUGUUACAGACUGUAAUACUAUCUUAGGAGACCAACAUGUUCAUUUUCACUGCACACUACAAUUUGGAACUACUCCAAGCAUAGAGACUUUGAGACGGCCUCAGAGAGGGCUGGGUGAAGAUUGUGUUUUUCUGUGGCUUCUUUCCAGCAUUGUUCUUCCCUCACUCUACUACUAUGGUGGCAGAAGAGGUGACUGGUUGGUGGUGUAGGGGUUGGAGGGAAUUCACCAGGUUUAUUUGAUGAGUUGUCUGCACUCGGAUGUCCUGUUUGCACUACCACUCUCAAAGUGCAAAAGGUCUCUUAAACAAUAGUUUCAGAGAGUUUCUAGGGUUGCCAACUGU